UGACAAGAGACCUGAGGAAUACUGCCAUGAGUGGUUAAAGAUGGAGGCGUAUAAGCGCACCUACUGUUUUAAUGUAAAUCCGGUUAAGGGGCAGGAUCUAUGGGAGAAAACGCCACAUCCAUCCCCAACCCCACCCCCAGUGAAGCCUAAACCAGGGAGGCCAACAAAGAAGCGAAGGAGGGACAAAGAAGAACAACGUAGUGGGUCAAAGACAAAAAUGAAAAGAAAAUACAACCCAAUCCGGUGUAUGUACUGCGGUGAGGUUGGACACAACAAGAGAGGGUGCGCAAAGAAAAAAGCUGUGGAUGCUGAGGAACAUGCAAGGCAGAUGCAACUACAAUUGGCAGUUGUUACCCCUGCUCCACAAGGUUCUGAACCCCAAGUAAACCCUUCUCCUACUGAUACUGACAUUGGUACACAAGCUGAGGCACCUAUGCCUUCACUUCCAUCACCCACUCAGGCUGACUCAGACAGUGACAGCAGUGACUCGGAGUGCAUUCCACCAACCCAGGAGCCCCUAAAGGAUCAAUUGAUUGGUAGGCCAGCUAAGUUGCAAGUGAUCAAAAGGAAAGCAAGGUCAAUUUCCUCCCCUAAGCACAUUGCAACUGGAUCUGUGGCUGUUACUGCUGAGACCAUUAAAGGGACAAGCUCCGGAACUGCUAAGCGGCUGGAAAAAUUCAUGACCUUUGUGCCUACUCCAGGCUUCAAGGCUCCAAGGAAGAAUGAUGAUAAAGUUUGAGUUGUUAGGAGUGUCUACUUGUUAACUCAUUUUAACAUUCUGUUUGUUGCUUUUGUUUUUUUGUUUUUUGUUUUGUGUGUGGUAAUUUAGUCUAUGGACAAUGUAUUUGUCAGCUAGCAACCUUAUGACUUUGUU